CAUGACCACAGUUGUUAACAAUUAUAAUUUCGAAUGCUCUAUUCGGUAAUGCUAUUUGAGUUUACGCAAUUGUAGGAACUGACUUGUGGCCUUGGUAAAAUGUCAACAGAAAAGAAAACUGUGAAGGAUUUUAAAAUCGAAGGAAAUAUCUUGGCACCGUUCACACCAUUCAAAGAAAACGGCGAUGUUGACUUGGAAAUUAUACCGAAGUACGUGGAUCUCAUUCUCAAAUAUAACAUCCCAAAUGUCUUUGUACUUGGCACUACUGGUGAAGGUGCGACCCUUACUGUUGAAGAGAGGAAGCAAGUUACAGAAGCCUGGGCUAGAGCUGUAGAUAAUAAACCAUUAACCAUCAUUGCCCAUGUGGGAGGGGCCAACCUUAGAGAAUCAAUGGACCUCGCGUCCCACGCAGAGACCGUUGAUGGUGUACAAGCAAUAGCUGCAACGGGGAGUGUGUAUUACAAGCCAAAGACAGAAGAUGUGGAAGUUGACUACAUCAAGCAGAUUGCAGCUGAAGCGCCAAGUCUCCCAUUCUUCUAUUACGAUAUUGACUUCAUGACUGGGAUUAAACUAAAUGUAUCAAGUUUGGCCCAGCUUGCUACCAAGGUGAUCCCUACAUUCAGAGGCAUAAAGCAUUCGUCUAAAAGUAUAGCUAGCAUGGUGAAUUGUAGUAUGAUAGGUGGCGUCCAAGUCAUCAAUGGUGCGGUUGACCAAUAUCUCGCGGCUCUGACGUGUGGUAUGGAAUGGCCUGUGUUGGGAGUACCGUGUACAGCACCGAUAGCUACCAAAAUCAAAGAAGCUUACGAUCAAGGGGAUAUGAAGACAGCCAGAGAACAACAAGAGUAUUUACAAAGGUUAUAUAACCUGAGAGAUAGUGUUGGUGGUGGGAAUGGCGUCCUAAGAGCAAUAGUGAAACUAAUAGAUGGAAUUGACUUUGGGAGAUCCAGAUGCCCUAUACCCUACCCUACCCAGGAUAACAUUGACACAUUGAAGCAAGGGCUUAUUGAUCUAGAGUUUUUGUAGACGUCGAUAGUUCUCAUCUAACGUUGUAGAAGUCAUCCAGUACGUAAAACGAAGCAAGCAGGCUGUAAUAUCAAGGACAGUUGCAGAUGAGCUAAUUAGUAAAUUAGUUCUUAUAUUAAUUAGUGUGAUCAUAGAGCCAAGCAUUCCUGAUCAAGUAGCCAAUGUCAUAUAGGGCUACUUUAAAAAAAUGCUUUUGGAGAUACAUGUAGAACCUUUUGCAUCUGUAACGCAAUGAUCGGUUCAUUUGAUGGAGAUAAAACUUUUUAUUACCCUGGAAUACAGGGCAAGGCAAUGAGAUGAAGCAAGCCACACCAUUGGGAAGGAUAUCUAUCCAGAUCAAACAUGAUGAAUCCUUAUAACUUAUUUA